AUGGUUGAAAAGAUUACAUGGGCACAAGUUGGUUCAUCAACUGUUAGUGGACUUCUUUCGCCUGCAUUUGUUACUGGUUCGGGUUCACAAUUGGUGUUCACAUCAGGUUGUGUUGGCACGGAUGAAAAAACGGGGAAGCUACCUUCCAGUAUCGAGGAUCAGGCCAGAAAUGCCUUUCUAAAUCUGAAAACAGUACUCGAGAAAAGUGGCUCCUCAACUGAUUCUAUUUUAAAAGUUCUGUUAUUCCUAAGCGAUAAGUCGUAUGCAGUAAAAGUCAAUGAGAUUUAUAAGGAGUUUUUUCCAAAUCAGCCAGCAAGAAGUUGCAUUCUUGUUUCAUUCCCUAAUGAAUCAUUAAAGGUUGAACUGGAAUGCGUUGCACAAGUCGAGUCCAAAAGAAAGAGAUGGUUCAAAUUGUAA